AUGCGUCCCAGUUCUCAUUUCUUCCUCGCCGCCUGUGGGUUAUCCUAUCUCGCAUAUGGCCAAGGCAAUGUUCCACCACCGGGCUCCGUCACAUUAUCUACAGCAUCGUCUCCUGGUCUUUCACGAUAUAUUUCUUCUGGUGAUGUGGCGUCUCUCCUCCCCGACGGCCAGAUGAUAGGAGCGGCAGACAUCUGCAACGAUGAUGAUUACUCUAUCGCCAUCUCACAGGACAACCGCCAGCUAAAUUGGAUUUUCGACACGGACAAUAUGAUGGCAUCACUCGACCCUUCCACUCCACGGUCAAGCGACUCGAAGAAGUGCAUUGUCCAGGCUCGGUUGGAAGUGCCGGCCGGAUAUACCUUCAAGGUGGAGAAUUGCCGAUUCUGGGGAUACUGCUAUCUCGAGCCAAUGGUGACUGGGAAGAUAUCUACAAGUUAUGGCUUCCAGGAUCGUCUCGAUGAGAGUACGCUUUCGAAGUCCAUGUACGGCCCGAUGGCAGAAGACUUCAGUCUUAAUCUCUUCGAAGACACUCCCAAGUGGUCGCCAUGUGCAGAACCUGACCAACUAACAUUUUUCAAUGUUGUUUUGGACAUUGGACUCAUCUCAAAGGAUACUACAUUCCAGUCGAGAGGACUCAUCCAAGGCGGUGCGAUUGACACAAAUUUCACUCAGAUUCUUGCUCUCGACUGGGAGACGUGUCAGUUACCUCCGCAGUGAUAGCAUAAUAUGGGGGUCAACAUCAG